GCAUCUUAGCCACUAAUCUUUGUACACAACCUUCCAAUAAUCUGAUUAUUGGCAAAAAAGCACUAACGCCUCUAUCCAUAAUCCAGAACGUCCCAGCUGCACCUUUUUGUUUCACCUGCAGGCCGAACCUCCUCACUUUUAUUUGAUUUUUCGAGGAAAGGCGAUAUUUUCCGGAUAUAAUGGAUACUCUGAAGGGCAUGCUCAAGGCAUACGAGGCGUGGGUGGCCAAAAACCCGGAUGUAGUGGGUGACUUCGAGACAACCGCCAAAUGGGUUUCCUACUUUAUAGCAGGUCGCAUUUCUUCAUCGAAUGUGGUUAGCGAGCUGGUGUACACUUUAUCCAACAUGCUGGUGUUUUAUAACGAUCGGAUCAUCGAACGAGCACGUAACUCCCAGGAGAAUUCAGUGAUCCAGCAGCAAUCGAAACUUUGCUACCGUCUAAAGGUCACGUUGACGACACUCGAAUAUAGCGAGGUUUUCAUCGAGAUAUCAGCCCGCCGGCUUUUCGGUCAAUCCGGCAAAUGGUUAGUGAUAGCGCUAAUACAGGCCUUCAAGGCGGCGGGUCGUUUCUUUAUCUUGAAACACUCCACUUCGGAUAUCAUCACCUCGCCGCCAAUCGCCUCACUGAAUCGAAGGGCCCUGGGCAAGCAAAGAAAGUCUUCAGCGGAUGGUGUCUCCACUACAAACGAUGUGUUGCAAUCCCAGCACUCUAUAACCUUCCAACUAAAGCGGUCCGGUCGUGUGAUCCGCAAAGUGGAGGGUGCUCCUCCCUUGCAAUAUCGCGACUUCAAGCUUCAUAUAGACAACAAUGAGGCGGUGAAGACCCUGAUCCCAAAAAAACUCCUCCAAGCCGAGUACCUGUAUAUAUCCAAGCCCCUCAUCCACCUGGCCGCCAUGGGUUUGUUUGGCCAGAGAAGCUGGAAGCAGUAUAUGGUUGCAUUAUCCAUCGAUCUGUACAGCAUCCACUUGUACCGUCAACACCGUGACCUCAUGUCCAAGCAACAAAAACUUGAGUUGAGCAGGCGAUGCAUCAAUAUCCUCUACUUCCUAGUCCGAUCGCCAUUCUACGACAGUUACACUAAAUCCAAGCUGGAGCGGAUCCUGGACUUUGUGGCCACUAGUGUGCCCAUUGCAAAGGUGGUGGCCGGACCUCUGAAAGACUACAUUCCAACGUGGCAAAGCACUUACUUCUAUCUCUGGUCCACUUAGACAUUCUAGAGAUGUAGCAAGAGUAUUUCUUCUAGGCUAAGUUUUAAAGUUACAGGUGUAGAUGCAUUGGGAGUGUACAGAGGGGGGGCCGAUUUUCGAUUCUAAGAUCCUAAGAAUUCCGGAAGCGGAAAGUUAAUCCUUGAACUAUUAAAAUAUAUACUUUAAUAUAAACAAAACGCAAAUAACUUAAAAAUAAUCCCGGAAAAGAAAAUUUUGCGCGCGAAGCCUAAAGUUCAAGUGUUAAUUAACUUUCUGCUCUUAAGAAUUUCCAGUUGUUUCACAUCCCUUAAUUUAUCCCACCCUAAUGUGAUGGAUUAUUGCUGUUUAAAUGAAAAAUGCUAAUUGAUCCCAAUUGUUUUGUAUGGCUUUUUAAAUUAUAUAUGGAACAAUAUUUUUACACAUACAAUUAAACGAAAUUUUUAACUUA